UCCACAGCAGUGCACAUACGCUUCGGGAUCAUGGAAAUGGAUGACGACAUGUCCUCAAUGAACAUGAGCUUCUCCUUUACUUGUGAUGUUGGCGAGCUGGUCUUCGGUUGGUGGACGGUCAACACGUGUUGGGCAUUUUAUUUGAGUUGUAUUCCCGUGAUACUGCUAAGCGUCGCAAGGCAUUGGGCGUUCGCGAUCGCCACCUCUACCGCGACAUCGUCGAAGAGGGGCUCCGCUUCAAGAAAUACAGCCCUCCUCGAUGGGAACGGAUUCGAGAACUCAAGUGGACGGCCUCCGAUCAACCGAUGGACCCGCUUCGUCUGGACGAUGGUGUCCACAACGGGCGCCGCGCUCUCCCUUUUAUCAAUGUUGGUGGUGAUGACAUACAACAGCGGACUGUUCUUGGCGGUGCUCGUCGGAGAGGCGAUUGGUUUUGGGGUGUGGGGCAACCACUCCCUGCCGGAAGCGAUGCGGGGCUGCCAUUAACAUGAGGCGGCUCACCACCGGUCAUCAUUGUACACUGCUACAGCGGUCGGGCGGGGCCGACACGGCACUGGAGCUCUGAAGGGGGGCCAUUGUUAUCUUGUCACCAACAGUGUUGGGCUGUCAUCAUCACUGUGCCUCGUAGGUCGAGAGCCAGGCCUCAUGGGUUGCAGCCGGAAGAAUCUCGGGACGAUGGAUGUUGGGGUGAACAUUGAACCUAAAACCCUUCACGGCCAAAGAAAAGGCGAAGAAAACUUCUCCUUGCGUGUUGACGAGGAAUAUUCAGCGUUUUUCUAGGUCUUGGUAGUUCCGGGUGAAGUUUCGGUCGCCUCAUCGAGACGUGUGUAUAUGUGGGUCGUUUGUAGGACCCUCUGGGUCCUCGUUCCUUGUUUAAGUACCAUGGUACUUUCCAGCACUGCAGGCUGUCGCGUGUUUCCCUUGGUUGACCGGUCCAUAUCCGUAAGAGCGACGGUCCAAUCUAGCACAAUGCAUGAACCUACUUCCACGUGUUUUUUUUUGGUUUUGCAUUGUGUCAAGGUUAGAGAGUUCCCAAAGCCAGUCGCCAAGAGACGGAGCACUCACAGCCAGUUGAUAUUUAUCAGAGGGCUUGGUCAGGAUUUCGGACCGCGUGGAAAUUUGCUAGCAAGUACGGCAGGUUCUGGUUGUUUGCCAGAUUCAUCAUGUGGCGGUUGUUGCUACGCAACCGUAAGUGUAUUAUUUCCGAUUGUUGUUUUUUGUGUUUCCGUGUCAUUGUUGUUACUGUAUGUAGUCUUGUAUGCCUUAGUUGAGCUGAAUGAAGUGUGUAGGUCGUCGAAGUGUAUCGGCGUGACCCCAUGCACUGUUGAUCUGCUUUGUUUUCUUCUCGUCUCGAGGCCCCAGCACGCUGCG